AUCAGCGAAUAGCGGGUGAGCGAUGGCGGGCAGAGCCUGUAGAUCCGAGCUCUGAGCGCAUUCACCCUCACAAAGACUCGCAGCGAACAUGGGCGUCAGGCUGUACUACACCACCGUCACCGCGUCGAGAGAGGUGAAGUCUCAGCAGGCUGAAGUGAUGCGGAUCCUGGAGAGUAAAAGCAUCCAGUAUGAGCUCAUUGACAUUUCGGCGGACGGAGCUCUCCGCGAUGAGAUGAGGACCAAAUCCGGAAACCCCACCGCGGUUCCGCCGCAGAUUUUCAACGAAGAUCAGUACUGUGGGAACUAUGUGAUGUUCUCCGAGGCAGUGGAGGAGGACACCGUGGAGAAGUUUCUGAAGCUCGCAUGAAAAGCACACCUGGUACCAUUCAAUAACAGCCCCCCAUUCCCCCACCGCCCCCACCCCAAAAACACCCUGAAAGGAACAUCUGCCCGCUGGCGGUGCCCACCUGCCCCUCAUGCCACGUUAACAUGCCAAAUACCCCCUCACCUCUAACCUGAAAGCGCAGCCCGCUGUUCUGCUGACCCGCUCCGCUCCGCUGGAUCCAUCUCCAUCUCUUCAUCGUGUUCAGUGAAUCUGCUGCUCUGAUCUGUGAUGCUGGAGCGAGCAGAGCUCCUGAUCUGUGCUCGGCGAAUCUGGACUGAACCUCCUUACUCUUUACGUUAAUCUGCGCUCAUCUUAACUUCCUGUGGACCAAAAAAGAGAAAUGAUCUUAAAAACAUAAUCGAGUCGCAUUUUUUCUGCUUUCGCUUGAUUUACAUUGUGAUUAAUGUAGAAGUGAUUAUUGAUUAUUGAUUAUUGAUAACUGCACUCGCAUCAAUUUAAUGCCAAUACAUUAAAAUUCCGACUGUUUAUUGGAGCUGUGUGGAGCAUAAACUCAUUUCAGCGCAAAACAUUCCGUCGUCUUAAACGGUGCCAAUAAAUUUAAAUUUACACUGUCCUGGUUUCUGAGGUUUAGGACGAUUUUCCAGAAAAAGCGCCAAAACGGCUGAUAAUGCGGAGCGAAAAUCAGACAGCAGAAAUGAACGGUGCAGGGCUCUGGAGGUUUGGAGGUUUGGAGCUGAUCUGUCUGCUUGUCGUUUAACUCUGUUUGUCCUGUCGGUUUUGAUUUGCUCUGAUUGUUCUGCUCUGCGUCGUCUCACAGUGGAUUUUCAUCUCAUUGGGUUCUGUUAAUGCACUGAUGAACCUGGUAUUAACUCUGUUCGUUUCUAGAACCACUGACAAGUUCAGUCGCUCUUAGAACCUCCACAUCUCAGCUUUACCUAGAACUCUCCACACAGCACAGCCGGACACUAUGCAGCAUCACUCUGCUGAGCAGGCGUUUGUUUUGGGAAUGAUGAGACCUGAUAUAUGGAAUCUGUUCUGUCUGGUAUUUUGUCUGCUUCUUAAAGGGGAAUUCCACCAAAUUUUCAAAGUCUGACUGCAAAACAGAGCGUUUCACAUCGAUCCACUCUUUACAUCUUUACAUCUUAACCGCUUAAUUCUGCAGAAAUGUAGAAAAAUCAGUGGAGUUUCUUGUCACUGUUUAUGGCACGUAAUCGUCCCUCAUCAUCCUCAUCUUCACCCUGAUUACAGCAGCGCUUCUCACUCUGAGGAACUUUGUUAAAGAGCUAUUUAAUCUCUGUGCUGUAAAGAUCUUAAUCAGACGCUCUUAUGUCGAAGUGCAGAACUUUGGCUCUGCAGGGGAUCCUGAUUGAGAAGCGCUGAAAAACAGCUGCCUGAUUAAUAAUCGCUGCUGAGUCGGUCUCAGACAGGCGAUCAUUAGGGUGGCAGUGUUGAGACAUGAGAUCAGAACUAACUGUGUAUCGACUCUGAUUCCCCGAUCGGUUUAAUCGGUUUAGUUGUUAAUGUUUGAUUGAUUGUGUGUUUAGUGAAUGUCGCUGUGCUCCGUACUGCUCGGCUUUUCGGACCAAUCGCCCCUCUUUGGCCAAAGCAGGAAAAACUAGGGAAAGAAACAGUGUUGUCUUCCGAGAAGAUGAUGACAUGGUGAAAAUGGAUCAAUAAAAAGAAAAGAAAAUGUUGAA